AUGGAAAUUUAUCGAAUAAAGGAUCCACCAGGACGCGAUGUGCAACGAAGGGAAGAUCAACCAAGUGAUUUUACCUUGGUUGCAAGCGGUGGAAAGGAGUUCAAGGUGCACAGGAGCGUUCUUUCGGAGGCAAGUGUCUUCUUUCAAAAGCUUCUGAGUAGCGACAUGAUGGAAAAAAACGAGUUCCUCAAUUUAUCAAGCCAACAAGUAGAGAAGUGGAUAUCAAGCGAUGAGAUAGUUUUAAACUCCGAGGAAGAUGUUUUCGAGAUCAUCAUCAAAUGGAUCGAGCAAGACAGAAAUGGACGCAAAAUUCAUUUCGCCAGUCUAUUUCGUCACGUUCGGUUGAUUUUUGUGACGCGUGACUAUUUGUUCAAUGAUGUCGUGACAAACCAGCUAGUGAGAGACCUAGAAGAUGACCCCUGUCUGCACCAGUUGAGAAGUUCAUUAAAUUUUGUCGUUCAAGCUAUUCACAGUGAUCUUCCUUGGCCACAAACACCCAGGAGGACACUUGAAGAGGUAGAUGGUAUUGUAGCAUUCGAGAAAAACCAGACACUGCUUUAUCUCCCGCAGAAAGAUAAGUGGUUUCAGCUUCCUGAUACUGUAUCCCCGGCUUUAGAAAUGAUAUCUUGUCAAGGCAAAAUCUACAAUUUUUCAUAUAAAGCGUAUGAACGAUAUGAUUCACUUGUAAACUCCUGGUCUCCGGUAUCCUGUCCAUUUACACCAGCAGGUGAGAGCUUCUACAACUUCUGCCAUGCAGUGGUUGUUAGAGGAGACAUCUACCUCGUUCUAAGUAGAAAUGACUUAGUUUUGUUUAAGUACAGCACUGCUUCAAUGUCUUGGCAACCCGUUCCAUCCUGCCAGUGGCGUGGGAAAGAAGAAGCUUGUGUUGUAGUUUUGGACAAGGAUAUCUAUACAGUUGGUGGGUUUGAUAAAGGUGCGAUUCUUACUGAAGCCAGAAGAUAUGACACAACAGAAAACACCUGGACAGAUAUUGCAGACAUACAGGAAGGUCGACGCAUGGCCUUUGGUGCAUCUUUUCAUGGUCUCGACAUGAAAUUGAGGUUUUCGGGUCUCGUCGAGCCAAUAUGA